GGUUGCUCCUCCACCUAUUCAUGAACCAUUUGCCACCGAUUCUCUGGCGCAGCUCCUCGGAAAAGUCACACGACGUACGUGCAUUGUGGUUCCCCCCCCCAUUCGGACAACGUGGAAGCUUUUCCCCCCAGACGAUCGAUCCCCGUAAAGAAGCAGCCAAACGCCAUAUUUUGUGGAGGAAAGCCCAGCUAGCAUAGGUGGGCUAAUGCUAACCAGCCGCAGCUAAGUGUGUUAGCUCCAGAGCGAGGAUCCUGGUGCUUUACAGUAAAGCUGUGAGCUCCUUCUCUGCCCCAGGAUCAUGCAGCAGUAUGCAGAGGAGAGAGGCCUUCUGGGAAAACUGUGUCCUGGGGACAAGAAGCUGGAGGGGAAGAACUUCUAUUUGGACAAUUUGAAGAAACGCGCAACAGCUCUGCUUUUGGAGGCCAUAUCUCUUUUAGGAGGGAGGAUCGAGAGUUUUCUACACAAGGAUGUGAGCUUUGUUGUGACUGGAAGCCAAGAGGGUCUCCAAGAGGAGAGGAGCGUGGUGACCAAGGGACGGGAGAAGGGAACAAAUGAAGAAAUCCAACAAAAACCCAAGAGUCAGAGUGUCCUCAUCAGCGAGAAACAGCAACCAGUAACUCCUCGACCGAUGGCUUGUGGCAGCCGGGGGAAAGCUCUGCUUGAAAAGGCCAUUCGCAACAAUGACCGACUGCAGGGGAACAGUGUUCUGGCCAGUGCCCGAUCGUGGGGAGUGAAGAUUUUGUUUGUGGAUGAUGUGAUUUUGUAUCUGAAACAACUGACUCGAGAGAGUUUCAACGUGAAGCACAGGAGACCUGAGCGGACUUACCCCAAACAACCAGGUUCUCAUGUUGUCAAAGCUGCAGCUCUAAGAACUCCAUACCUGAAAAUCGAAGACUCCAGCAGGAAAUACAAACCCCUGCAUAUGCAGUCUACGACCUUCCCAUCGCUUUGCUACUUGGGCCGAUUCAGUCCCUUCGAUAUUCCCCCUCCUCGAUUUGAAAAUCCGACUGAAGAAGGAGAAAGUAAAACAAGGGAGACGAAAAAAGUUGAAAGCAGCAUUCAGGACAAAUCCCAACCGCCGCUCACCUUUAACCCUGCACCGUGGCGUCCGCGCAAAAAGGAAACAGCGUACUGCGAAUGCUGUCAUCAACCCUUCACUAAUCUGGAGGAGCACUUACAGUCUGAUCAGCACCGUAUGUUUGUGCUGGAUCCCUCCAACUACACUGUGGUUGAUCAACUUGUGGCUGAAAUGCUCCCAGGAUUCAACCCUAGUCCACCUGAACAAUCAGAAGAAACAGAACCACCAAGUCUGCAGCUCAUCCAGGACGUCUGUGAACUGGAGCCUCUCACUGAUGGCGAGACGGAACGUGCCAUUCAGGCCCUGCGCAGACAAAGUUCAUUGUCCAUAACCCACAUCUCCAAUUCUACUGCGGGUCGUCUUACCAUUGACCCUGGCCGCCCAUCACUAGGAGUUCUGUUUCCCAUCGCAAGUCCAGCCACACCACCUGCUGACAUCCAGUCUUUCACUCCUACUGAGUGCCAGUUCCCGGAUAUCCAGCCCCACACUUUGAGCCCCGUCAUGCCUCUAUUGGAUGUUAAACCACAAAACCACGCCUCACCCAGCCAGCAGCCAUCCCCUUGCCCUGAUACCCCUGAUACUCCAUCCGUUGACCCUUACUCUCUGCCCCCAGUCCUCAGCCCUCAAAUCCCUUCCUGCAUUAUGGAGCUGCACAGCCCGUACUCCGAGCCGCCUGUCCUCAGUCCUCAACAGUACAUCGCAGAGGAAACUCUGGAAGUUAGUGAAAGGGAUACUGCCGAGAGUUUUUCGGAGUCUGUCUCAGCUGUCACAGUUCCCAUCACCAUCUCCCUCCCUUCCACUGCAGCUGAGACAAAUGCAGAGGUGGAAGAUGGUUGUUUAGCAUUCAGUGGGAUCAUAUUUUCUGGCAGUGGUUUGAUGUGUGAUAAACUGGUGUCAUGUCGAUCCCAGUCAUUGCCUCGACAGUCAGCUACAGCUCCAAACCCCAAAAAACGCUGUCGAUCAGCCAGCCCUGAAUGUAACCGCAGCAAAAGGAGUAGGAUUACAGGGAAAUGUAACUGGACUGAACAAGGGUUUAUAUCUAUAAAACCAGAACGUGACAUUAUGGCAAAGUGUGGGGGGUAUUCAUUAUUUGACAAGGCCGCUUGUCAGAUAACACAGUGUCCUCGACAACAGGUGUCUUCAUGCACUGUGGAAGAACUUGACUUAACAACAUUUUGUGUUCCCACUGUGCAGAAUUUACCAUGGGAACCAAGUCAAACUGACAUUUGGGGUCAUAAUAAUGCUCGUGUAACAACUCCUUCAAAAACAAAGACCUUUUCACUAUCGCACUCUACCUCAGUGUGCAUCGAGUCGGCCCUCAUCCCUGACUUGGCUGCGCUCUCUCCAUCGUCAUCUGACUCUGACUGGGACUGUGACCUGCUGUCACGGCUGGGCCCGACCUCGGCGACACCUCUUUUGCCCUCUGAGCAGAGCUGCGAGGUCGACAAGGAGGUCCUCCAUAAGCCGUGCACGUGGAUGCAAGACACCAGCUACGAGUCACGUCUGCACACGGCCCUCCAGCCGGCGACCCCAACGACCUCACUGUGUGGGGAGGAAAUGGACCCAUCAGUGUUUUCCAGGACUGUGAUACAGAUUGUUCAAGUUCAGCACUGACUAUUAAUUUGGUGAUUGUUCCAGAAAACUAGAAGAACCACCACUGGGAGCAGUAAGUGUUGGACUCUGCAGCUGCUUAUUCCACCUCGAGGAACAAUGUGCAGCACUUAAGCCCUUCAAAAUAAACCACUGACGUGUACAAUCAAUAAAUAUUUAUAAUUUAGUGCAAACUAAAAGGUAACGCUCAACUGUUUUUAGGUCAUGCACAUUUGUAUUAUUGGUUGUAGUAGAUGCAUAGUGGAUGCUGCAUCCUCGCAUGCAUUUAAAGAGCUUCCAUUAUCAUGCUUACUCUCAACCUGUAAUUCUCCUUGUGCACAGGACCCAAGCAGUUUCUGUAUAUUGUGCUGACUGCGGUGUUUCAGCAGCUAUGUCCGGGAACACACGGUGGUACUGAGAAUUUAAUGAGGCUUUUCUGAAUGGGGGCAUUACUCAAUUACUGUAAGUGCUGCAUCUGGAUCAGAUCCCGAUUGCACCAGCGUAGAUGGUCAAAGGGGCGAGAGGAGGCGUUGGUGGAGGGGAGGCCUCGCACAAGGUGCAAGACAAACUGUCGGAUUAAUGUGAAACGACUUUUCCUCCCUUCUGAAGGUGGGCCAAAGAACCUGUUCCGCUGUAGUGCACUGCAGCUACAGGAGCUUUUUUAUCUUCACUUCUCGGUUUGUGAAAUUUAAGGUCACGUGCCAUUAAAGACUCGCCACAGCUCAUCAUUGCAGACAGAACUCAAAUCGAAUGUCACCAAGAAAUCUCACCCAGUGCUCAUGGGGGAAAAUGUGAAGUGAAAUCUUGUGCGGUGUUUUUAAAUAAAUGUUUUUAACCUUAAA